UGAGGGAGUUCUCCACGACCGCGGCGCACAGGCGACGGACGACCGACCACCGACCACGACCGGGACGUAGCAAGGGCGGCGACCUCGACACCUCAGCUGCUGGCACACACUUCUCACAGCACGACCACAUGGCGGUUUCCACCCUCAACAUGGCACCCUACUUUACGGGAUACCCUUUUCAAGGCCAGGGCCGCGUGAACCAGCUCGGAGGGGUGUUCAUCAAUGGGCGGCCGCUGCCCAACCACAUUCGGCUGAAGAUCGUCGAGAUGGCGGCGGCCGGCGUGCGGCCGUGCGUCAUCUCUCGCCAGCUGCGCGUGUCGCACGGCUGCGUCUCCAAGAUCCUCAACCGUUACCAGGAGACCGGCUCCAUACGGCCCGGCGUCAUCGGCGGCUCUAAGCCGCGCGUCGCCACGCCCGAGGUGGAGGCGCGCAUCGACGACUACAAGAAGGCCAACCCGGGCAUCUUCAGCUGGGAGAUCCGCGACCGCCUCAUCAAGGACGGCGUGUGCGACAAGAACAGCGUGCCCUCCGUGUCGUCCAUCAGCCGGCUGCUGCGCGGCGGUCGCCGCGACGACGCCGACCUCCGCAAGAACCACUCCAUAGACGGCAUCCUCGGUCCGAGCAGCGCCGACGAGUCGGACACGGAGUCCGAGCCGGGCAUCCCACUGAAGCGCAAGCAGCGGCGGUCGCGGACCACGUUCUCCGGAGACCAGCUGGAGACGCUGGAGCGCGCCUUCCAGCGCACGCAGUACCCAGACGUCUACACCCGCGAGGAGCUUGCCCAGAAGACGAAGCUGACAGAGGCACGGGUGCAGGUGUGGUUCAGCAACAGGAGAGCACGCCUCCGCAAACAGCUGAACAGCCAGCAGCUGAACGCCUUCAACUCCAUGUCGCUACAACCGGCAUUCCCCACGCAGUACGAUCCCACAGCCAACUUCAAUGCACAGGGCCACGCUAGCUCGUGGGCGCAGUCGGGCUACCCCACGGCGUACAACGCGGCAGCAGCCGCCGGCUACGGCGCCGGGAGCGGCGCCGCGGCGCAGCACUGCCAGGCGUCGCCCUGGACGCGGCCGCACCCCCAGCACCCGCAGCCCGUCCAGACCAAGCAGGAGGUGUCGGCCGCCGCCGCCGCCGCUGCCGCCUGCUGGCCCGACAACUACAGUUUGUUUGCGAGCGGAGCAACGCACUACGGUGGUGCCAACCUGACGCCGCACUCUCCCGGAGAAGCGAAGUCCGGCUACCCGUACUUCGGCCAGCUGAGCAGCAUGGACGCCGGCAUGGUUUGCAGUCGUGUCCACUAGGCUCCACGGGAAGCAGCGAGGAAGGGGCCGGAUGCUGGCCACAUCACACUGUCAACACGCCGAUGCUACUGUGCCGCCGUCCAAACCUGCUACCGUGUUAUCGAAACUUUACGAUUCGAGCUAACAGACGACGCAACACAGCUUGCUACAAACAUUCUGCUGAAUAUAGGCCAAUCGUAGGACAAAGUGGCACAAAAACCUUUUACUGAUAGCAUAUUCCAACUGCAAGCAGCCACAUGUUGCUCCUCGUCACACCUGACAAAUACUGUGAAUUGGCACACGUCUCUUUUGCUAAACCUAGCAAGUAAUCUCACUAGUGAUCAAGCCAUCUUGAAUGAAAUUAAGAAAUGUGUUAGUGGAUCGUAUGCCAGUAAUAGAGAGCGUGUGACGGAGGUUUUUCCAGCAGAGUUCUCAGAUCUGCAGCUUUCCGCUUAUUCAAAACAGUGUAAUCUACAGUGUUGAUUUCAGCUUCGGACAGUUUGAUUCCUGCAGGGAGAUGUCACGAGUGACUCUACAUCUUAAUUAUUUGACUAAUUUUCACGGAACGAAUUGUUCGUUAAGAAAAUAUUCCUGCUACUACGUGUCAUUAUCUCUCUGUUUAUGCUAAAUCAACAAUAUGAUGUUGAUUUGUGUGUGUUAUGUUGGUAACACCAGAAACCAGGUCUCACUUCGAAGACAUUAAAGCGUGGUCGUUUUUUCACGUUGACAAUAAGAAUUCAUAGCUUCAGACGUUAAAGUAAU